AUGACGAUGACCGCCUCGGAUAAAUACACGUACCAGCGGACCGUUUUGUGUUUGGCCCGUGUUCUGGCGGGGAUUCAGCCCACUCCGUGGGAAAAGGUGCAAACCCUGUUCAGGUAUUGCCCGCAGGAGAAUGCCGCCGGAGUGUUCUGCCUGGACACACGGGCCCAGGAUGCCGUGAUUGCCCUUGGAAUCUACUAUCUAGAAGGCGGCUGCCAGCAUGAGGGACAGAUUGUACCCUACUUGCUUCGCCUGGCUAAAUGUUUGCCCAAAGCAGUCUGGAUUGACGAUGCCCGAAGCAACAAAGUCGAACGCAUUCGCAUUCCCUCGGCGGAGAAGUUUAGCUUCUGCUUGAAUACCCUGCUCUCCGAUAUAGCGGCCAAAUGUCCAGAUUCCCGCGAGGAGAUCAUUCUGAAUCAAGUGGAAACGUUAAGUGCUCUGGCUAACAUAGUAAAGUCCAGCAGGGACAGCAGCUCAGCACCACCUCCCAUUAUCCUGUGCAAGGCUACGGUGCCCUUGCUCUUUGGACUGGCCCGAUCGAUGGGUCGCUAUGCGAGCAAUGAUCCUCCCCUGCUGUGCCGCAUUUUUCCGCCAGAGCUGCUGCCUAUUCAGAAAGGCGGUGGACGCGAUGGCACCGGAUCGAGCAGCAGUGCCAGUGGCACUUGUGGCGGGUCCUUCAGCAGUAGCGAACGCUUGGCAGCCACGCAUCAGUUUCGACCCAUAAUACCGCGCUCCAUGUCGGGCAGCUUGGCGCAGGCCCAGAACCAAGGUCACGAUGAUGCGCGCCAGCGGUACACGGCCGGAAAGCACAAUAAGCCCUCAUUGCACAGCUACUUCUCCGUGCCGUACGACCCACGGACGCACUUCUUCACGCGUUACGGCUCCAGUUUCAACCAGUUCCCCAACAUGCGCGUCUGCGAAUCGCCUACGAAAGGAGGCCCACGACCCUUGUAUCGAGUGCCACCGUUUCCCAUCCAGCAUCUGCAGACCAUAUUUGCAGUGUCCAAGAAACUGUUAACCAAGGACACGCUGGAACAUUUGGAUGAGCAGGCUAGCGACAUAUUUUCACUGCACCAAAUCAAAGGCUAUUGUUACAAGAGCUUCUCGGAAACGCUAAACCUGGUUUUGGUUACAUUGCUACGUGAAUUGCUCCAGCAUCAGGUGGACUUGCCGACGCCAUUCACCAAGGAUGUGCAGGAAUUCGUAAAAAGACUGUUCCUGAAUGGACAAACGGAGUUGCAGAAUAAGCAGCAGGAUCAGGAGCGUGAGCGACGCGAGGAAAACGGCAUUGCGGUGGUCAACAAGUACAAGGUCAAUGUAAUGGCCAAUGCGGCAUGUGUCGAUCUACUGGUUUGGGCCAUUCGCGAUGAAACGGUUGACGUCGACUAUAAUGUGCCAUCCCUGCAGAAUGGCUUGCAAUUUUUAUUGAAGAAAGAGGCCGAUAAGCUGUGUGGCCGGCUGUCGCAAAAAUUGAAUUUGGAGCUCAGUCACAAGAUCGUGAUGGAUCACAUGCCGCUGCUAAUGGUUUGUCUAGAGGGUCUCGGUAAACUGGCCCACAAGUUUCCCAACAUUGCUGGCACCUCAAUUUCAUAUCUGCGCGAUUUCCUUGUGGCACCCAGUCCAAUUCUGGGCAAGCUCCAUGACCAUGCCAUGCAGUCUUUGGCUCAGCAAAAGAAGGAGAAGGAGCUGACGCCAUUUAAGAUCGCGGUGCAGCACUCGGAUUCACGGACGGCGGUCGUAAUUUACGGAGAUAACCAAAAACCGCCAGGCAUCGGAACUGGAAGGAGUGGUCAUGCUGCUUUUGAAUCUCUGCGCGAUGCGGCCAUCGAGAAUUUGUCGAUCGCUUUGAGAGCUGCCCACACCCUGGACCAGUUUUGUGUCCCAGCUUUGGUCGCAAACGUAUCAAACCGUCUCUUCACCGCCGAAAAAUCUGGCAGUGAAUCGCAAGGUGAAUGCCACAAAUCCAACCUGGUUAGCCUCAACAUCAUUGUGAUGUUGGGUCAUGUGGCCGUAGCGCUAAAGGACACUUCGAAAACCACCCAAAACAUUCUGCAGUUCUUUAUCCAGCGUUUUUGUAAGGUACCUUCAGAACAGAACGCCUUGAUAGUGGAUCAACUGGGCUGUAUGAUCAUUUCGCAGUGCGAAACCCAUGUCUUCGAUGAGAUCAUGAAGAUGUUCUCCCGCGUCACAGUGCAAUCGGCUUCGUUGGCCUACACAUCUGAUCCGGAACACAGAAAGCAAUUCCAUCACGUCUCGGAUGCGGUGGUCAAUGCGUUGGGCAAUAUAGCGGCCAAUAUCCAAGGUGAUGCCGAGAUGCUAGAGCUGCUAGGCAAGCUGCUGGAGCUGUUCGUGCAGAUCGGUUUGGAUGGCGAGCGCAGCUACGACAAUACACCGGGAGCCCAGAAGGCCAGCUCACGUGCUGGUAAUCUGGGCAUGCUGAUACCGGUGAUUGCGGUAUUGGUGCGCCGCCUGCCUCCGAUCAAGAAUCCGCGCCAACGCCUGCACAAGCUCUUCAAGGACUUCUGGGCCUACUGUGUGGUGAUGGGCUUCACAAAUGCCCGACUUUGGCCAGCAGAUUGGUAUCAAGGUGUCCAGCAAAUAGCGGCCAAGUCGCCGCUACUCAUUUCGCAGACCGCCCACAAAUCAGAUAUGAGAGAACUCAAUUACACGCUGGCUAUAAAAAGCGAUUCGGUUAACGAGCUGCGCAGCCAGAUCCUGGUGCUUCUGGAGCACUCUUCAGACAAUGUUGCCACGGCGAUCAAUAAGCUUUCCUUUGCGCAAUGCACCUAUCUCUUGAGUGUUUACUGGUUAGAGAUGCUGCGCGUGGAGAAUGCGGAUGAGCCGAGUCUGGAGCCGAUAAUGAGCUACCUCUGCGAUACGGCGCUUCAAAGGGACAAAACGGGCAUCUGGCAGUGCGUCAAGUGCGUUGCCGACCAGGUCUUCGAGAAAUUUCGCAAUGUUCUAUACGCUCAUGACGAGAUCCGUGAGAAGGUGCUGGAAUCGCAAGCAACCCUGCUGCUGGUCUACUUCAACCACAUCCACAAACCUAUCCAGGUUGUGGCCGAUCAGUAUCUAUCCUUUCUAGUCGAUCGUUUUCCCCAUCUGCUUUGGAAUCGCCGGGUGUUGUGGUGCAUGCUAGACAUCCUCCAACUACUGGCGUACUCGCUCAGCUUGGAUCCCAACGAGGAGACGCCCACGUUGCGGGUGGUUUCCACUCCUUACACCCUGCAGCUGAUGGACUCGCUUCCGGCUAGGGAGCUGCGCCUAAAGGAUUUUGCCGAUCGGUGUCAGGGAAUCGUGAAUGAGGCCAUGAAGUGGGCGCCACGAUCCACACGGUCGCAUCUACAGGAGUAUCCAAAUCAGAUUCCGACGCCUGUCCUAGCCCACCACAGUGGAUUGGCCCUGGCAUUCGACUCCGUGGUCAGCAGCAGUGCCUUGCACACGGGAACUACGAGUAAACGACCGAGUUGCGUUAACUCAGAUACGCCAAGAUUCGUAUCAGUUUUAUGCCUGAGGAGCAAAUACGCCGGAGAGAUAAGCGGCCUGUUGUCCGUACUUAGUGAAAAGGAUAAAGCAGGACUAGCGGAUCGACUGGUCAGUGAUGUCUGGGAGGCUUGUGCGGAGAAGAGCGAUGCCCGUCAUCGUGGAGCUCUUUGGCGGGCCACUGCCUAUCUGAUCAUCUGCUCGGAGAUUGACAGGAAACUUUUGCAUGCCGUGGCCAGCUCGCAACUAGAAUUGUUCACCGAAUCGGCGAUGGAGACCGCCGUUGAAUGUUGGCAAUGGGUACUAACUGCCCGGCAGGAUCUGGAGCUGUGCUUCAUCCAAGAGAUGGUCAGCGCCUGGCAGACAACAUUUGAGAAGCGUAUGGGCUUGUUUGCCUGGGAAACGGAAGUUACAAAUCCCCUUGCCGCCUACGAAGGCUGUAAGUUGGUUAGCAAGCCCAUACUGAUCGGUCCACAUCUAAUUUGGUUGCAAUUGCUCUCGGAAAUGGUGGACACGGCUAAGUAUUGCAAUCGGGAUAAGGUUGAGAUGUUCUGUCUUCUUCUGCAUCGAUGUCUUCCUAUACUGAAGAGUAGCAAGCAGAAUCGUCAGGUGUCCACGGUGGGCUGCCGCUUUAAGCUGCUGCAGUGCGGAUUAUCGCUGCUACAGGGCAAUACCAUACCUAAAUCUCUGGCAAGGAAUAUUCUCCGGGAGCGGAUAUACUCCAAUGCAUUGGACUAUUUUUGCGGACCCCCCACGUGCCCGAAUCAAAGCAGGGAGCAAUUGCUGGAGGAUAUUAUGAUACUGCUGAAAUUUUGGCAGACGAUGCGCAGUGAAAAAAAGCAUCUGGUCACCUCCGAAGUGGGUGACUAUGAUUUGACGAAUGCCUCUGUGAGCUCCACACAGAUGCUGGCUGUGAGAAAUAAUCCGGAGACGGCUUCCCUGAUCAGUGGCAGUGGCUUGGUCAAUGACUACACGCGCUCUAUGAGUGCCAGUGGAAAUGCGGUGGGUAUGGGUGCGGCAGGUGGUGGGAGCAGCAGUGGUUGGUACAACACCAUUCCACACUCUACGUCCACCUUAUCCAAGCGAUCAAAUCGUUCCAAACGGCUACAAUAUCAAAAGGAUUCGUAUGACAAGGACUACAUGAAGAAACGAAAUUUGAUCCUCGAGCUGCUGGCCGUCGAGCUUGAGUUUCUCAUCACCUGGUAUAAUCCCAAUUGUCUGCCAGACCUAAUAGUGCCAGGUGAGGAACAGAUCACUGAGUGGCGCAACCGACCAUACAAGCCAAACGUUUGGCGGGAUUAUGCCCGUCUCGCCUGGUGCUACAACCCGGCACUGGCUGUCUUCCUACCGCAGCGGAUCAAAAAUGCAGAGAUUAUCGACGAGGAGGUGUCACGACUUGUCUGCUCCGAUCCCAUAGCUGUGUGCCACAUCCCCGAAGCGCUGAAGUACUUGUGCACCACUAAGAAUUUACUGCAGGAGAGUCCAGAUCUAGUAUACAUACUGUCCUGGUCGCCAGUGACGCCGAUCCAUGCGCUAGCUUACUUUUCGCGGCAAUAUCCAUCUCAUCCGCUAACCGCUCAGUAUGCUGUGAAGACCCUCUCCUCGUAUCCGGCGGAAUCGGUGCUGCCGUAUAUUCCACAAUUGGUUCAAGCACUUCGACACGACACCAUGGGCUAUGUGGUGGAGUUCAUUAAGAAUAUUUCUCGGAGGUCGCAGAUUGUAGCGCAUCAGUUGAUCUGGAACAUGCAGACGAAUAUGUACAUGGACGAAGAUCAGCAACACAAAGAUCCCAAUCUGUAUGAGGCCCUCGAUCAGCUAUCGCAAAGUAUAAUCGCUUCAUUUUCGGGCGCCGCCAAGAGAUUCUACGAGCGGGAAUUCGAUUUCUUUGGCAAGAUAACAGCCGUCUCCGGUGAGAUUCGCUCGUUUGCCAAGGGCAUUGAGCGGAAGAACGCGUGUUUGGCGGCGCUUAGCAGGAUCAAGGUGCAGGGCGGGUGCUAUCUGCCCUCCAACCCAGAGGCCAUGGUGCUGGAUAUCGACUACAGCAGCGGCACGCCCAUGCAGAGUGCGGCUAAAGCGCCGUAUUUGGCCAGAUUCAGAGUAUAUCGAUGCGGCAUCACAGAAUUGGAGACGCGCGCCAUGGAGGUGUCUAAUAAUCCGAAUUCUCAGGAGGACGCCAAGAUGACGCUGGGCGUGGAGUCCUGGCAGGCUGCAAUUUUUAAGGUGGGCGACGAUGUGCGCCAGGACAUGUUGGCCCUUCAGGUGAUCACCAUCUUUAAGAGCAUCUUCCAACAGGUGGGACUCGAUCUUUUCUUGUUUCCCUACCGCGUUGUGGCCACCGCUCCAGGGUGCGGUGUGAUUGAGUGCGUGCCGAAUGCCAAGUCUAGGGAUCAACUCGGUCGACAGACCGACAGUGGACUCUCAGAGUAUUUCCAGCAUCAGUAUGGCGACGAGAGCUCCAAGGAGUUCCAGGCAGCGCGCGCCAACUUUGUGAAAUCGAUGGCAGCCUACUCUUUAAUAGGUUAUUUGCUGCAGAUUAAAGAUCGCCACAACGGUAACAUCAUGAUCGACAAGGAUGGUCACAUAAUACACAUAGAUUUUGGCUUUAUGUUCGAGUCCUCGCCAGGUGGUAAUAUCGGUUUCGAACCCGAUAUGAAGUUGACCGACGAGAUGGUCAUGAUUAUGGGCGGCAAGAUGGACUCACCGGCCUUCAAGUGGUUCUGUGAGCUGUGCGUCCAGGCCUUCCUCGCCGUUCGGCCUUACCAGGAUGCGAUUGUUUCCCUGGUAUCCCUGAUGCUGGACACUGGGCUGCCAUGUUUCCGUGGACAAACGAUUAACCUGCUCAAGCAGCGAUUCGUGGCUACCAAGAAUAACAAGGAGGCAGCCGCCCACAUGCUGGCUGUCAUCCGAAACUCGUACCAGAACUUCCGCACGCGUACCUACGACAUGAUCCAGUACUACCAGAACCAGAUACCCUACUAAAAAUCUAAAACCCAAAUACAAGCGCCUCAUGUUCGUUGUUGUUGGCCAAAAGACACUUAAAAAUACACAACACUCGAAACAUAAACCUACAAACAGAAAAUAUCCCUGCCCCAUCCGUAUUAUUAAUUUUUUGUCGCCGCACCCGUAUUUGUAUUUCUUAACCCGCAUUUCCAAAGUGUGUUUCUAUCUGUUUCGCGUACUUAUAAGAUGUUGAACUUUUUCCAAGAUUUUACGACGCAUAUGCAUAUAUUCGUUAUACAAUAUUUAUAAAUAUUAAAUCAAUUAUAGGGCAAUAUGUUAUAUAA